UGGUUGGACUAAAUAGUCAGUUCUGUCUUUUCUGAGUAUUUUCAAACAAAAUGAAACCCAGCUUUUUGUCUUUUCACCUAAAUUGUUUUUUGUGAAAAUGGCUGCCGAAAAACAAGAGGAGCGACAAGGGUUUGACCUGGACAAGGAUCGGUUCUGCUGUUCGGUAUGUCUGGACCUGCUGAAAGAGCCGGUCGCCAUCCCCUGUGGACACAGUUACUGCAGACGCUGCAUCGAGGACUGCUGGGACCAGGAGGACAAGAAGGGACGGUACAGCUGUCCUCAGUGCAGGGACACGUUCAGCCCGAGGCCGGUUCUGAAGAAGAACACCAUGCUGGCUGAGGUGGUGGAGAAGCUGAAGAGGAGCGGCCCCCAGCAGCCCUCUGCCCCUCUGGCCCGUGCCGGCCCACACGACGUGGCCUGUGACUUCUGCAGCGGCGCCGGACCCAACAAAGCCGCCAUGUCGUGCCUGACGUGCAUGGCGUCCUACUGCCCGGCUCACCUGGAGCCUCACCGCCGCGUCCCUGUGUUGAAGAAGCACGAGCUGGUCUCCGUCACCAUCCCGUUGCGGGAAAAGAUGUGCGAGAAGCACAACAAGCUGGUGGAGGUCUACUGUCGGACGGACAGGGAGUGCAUCUGCCACCUGUGCGUUAUUGAUGAGCACAAGGGCCACAAAACGUUGUCUGUUUCACGACAGAAAGCUGAGACGGAGCAGCGACUGCUUUCCAGUCGAAAGGAAGUGCAGGCGAGGGUGAAGCAGAGAGAGGCGGAGCUGCAGAGACUGAGCAGAGCUGAGCACGACGUCACGGUGCAAGCCAAGGCCGCGAUGGAGGACUGCGACCGGAUCUUCGCGGAGAUGAUCACCUCCGCACAGAGGAGACGUGGGAAGGUGAAGCAGCUGAUCGGAGAUCAGCAGAAGAAGGUCGUCGCUCAGGCGGAAGAGCUGCGGCUCCAGCUCCAGGAGGACGUCAGCAAGCUGAGGGGCCGAGACGCUGAACUGGGUCGCCUGCUGCAUGUCGACGAUCACGUCCAUUUUAUUCAGAGUUUCCAGUCUCUUUCUACGCUGUGUGACUCCCCGAACUUCUCCUUUGACGCUGCCGCUCCUCUGCGCUCCUUCGGAGAUGUGACCGAGUGCGUGUCGGAGCUGAGAUGUAAGUCGGAGACCGUACUGAAGGACACAUGGCCCAGGAUCCCGGCCACAGUCUCUUAUGUUGACUUCUCACUACCGCCAGCACCCACGAGCAGAGAGGGCUUAUUGAGCUAUCGCCGUCCCCUCACACUGGACGGCAACACCAACUACCCCUACCUCCACCUCAUAAGCGACAACCUCAGGGUGAGGCCUUCGCCCAGCGCCUACGCCGCCCACCCGGACCGGUUCGCCAGGUGGCCCCAGGUGCUGUGCAGGGAGGCCCUGUCGAAGCGGUGCUACUGGGAGGUGGAGUGGCACGCUCGCACUCUGUCGGCGGCGGUGGCGUACAAAGACGUGAGCCGCUCGGCGGACGGGUCUCGGUUCUCGGACGACGACAAGUCGUGGAGCCUGGAGUGUGGAACGGAGAAGCUGCUGUUCCGUCACAAUGACGUGGAGACGAGGCUUCCGGGGUCUUGCUCCAAAAGGGUCGGGGUGUUUCUGGAUUAUGAAGCCGGCUCACUGUGUUUUUAUCAGGUGCCGGAGCCGGUCGUGCUGCUCCACAAAGUCCACACCACGUUCACCCGGCCUCUCUAUGCGGGGCUCGGGCUGGACUACGAAUGGUACGACGUCGGCGUGUUCGCACAGCUGGUCAAGUUAUGGUAGUGAAAGCGUGUGAUGUCAGGCUGUUGUUUUUUUGGUCCUGCAGCAACGAUUAUCUUUGCUGGAAAAGUUGUUUCCCCUACAAAUGAAAGUGAAGAAUAUUUGGCAUUUUUAUGGUCAAAAUGAUUCAUUGAUUCUAAAUGAAAUUGUAUUGAUCAUUGCAAUAGAUUUAUUUGCAUUUAGCUGACAGUCCUCUGUGGAGUCUCUCCAGAGUCUGCAUUGGUUUUCUGAUUUCGGGGUUGGUUGUUUUGUGGGAAUGUGCGGUGUCAAAAAUCGCAAAGAAAUCCAAAAGUUAACUACUGUGAUUCUUUUCACAGUAGUAUACUGUGAACCAUUUUACAGUCACUUGUCACUAGCUGCCAGUUAUUAACUUUAAGUUUCUUUG